AUUCAACGUCAGACCAAGUUUGAUAAACGCCCCCCUUCCCUCCCUUAUCCCUCUCUUUUUCUCUCCCCUCCUCUCUUCUCUUUUCUUCUCUCCCUCUAGCCCAUUUCACUGCUCCUUAUACACAGUAAGGAGCACCGUUUUUCCCCCCCCACCCUCUCCUCCACCACCUCCAUCUUUGAGAUAAAGCAUUGCCUUUAGAUUUUCCAUCAUCAGCAGCAGCAGCAGCAGCAGCAACAGCAGCAGCCGAGAUCUGGCGCUGCAGUCGCGCUGGCAUUCAACGUGGGUGCACACAGCGAGUGAGACCGACCCGCCGCAUCUUGUGGAUUUCUUUGCGCCUACAAGCCCGUGUACAUGGUUCUCCCUGCUUCUCAUCCACGCCAGGAGUUGAUUUCACUUCUCGGAGAAAAUGUGGCAUCGCACAAUAGCGUCAGUGCUUAUUUUGUUGUAUUUUUGGGAGGACUCGCUGGCAGGGUUUCCAAAUCAAAUCAACAUAGGUGGACUGUUCAUGCGCUCCACUGUGCAGGAGCACAGCGCCUUCAGGUUCGCCGUCCAGCUGUACAACACCAACCAGAAUGUGACGGAGAAACCUUUCCACCUCAAUUAUAAUGUUGACAACCUGGAGUCCUCCAACAGUUUCUCUGUCACACACGCCUUCUGCUCCCAGUUCUCACGAGGAGUCUACGCCAUCUUUGGCUUCUACGACAGGAAGUCCAUGAACACGCUGACCUCCUUCUGCGGGGCGCUGCACACCUCCUUCAUUACGCCUAGCUUCCCCAUCGACGCUGACGUGCAGUUUGUCAUCCAGAUGAGGCCUAGCCUGCGGGGCGCUGUUCUUAGUCUGCUCGCCCAUUACAAGUGGGAGAAGUUUGUCUACCUUUACGACACGGACAGAGGUUUUGCGAUCCUCCAGGCCAUCAUGGAGUCGGCUGUGGCCAAUAACUGGCAGGUGACAGCUCGCUCGGUCGGGAACAUUGUGGACCCCACAGAGUACAGACGCAUCAUCGAGGAGAUGGACCGCCGGCAGGAGAAACGCUUCCUCAUUGACUGUGAGGUGGAAAGGAUCAACUCUAUACUGGAGCAGGUGGUGACCUCGGGAAAGAACACCAGAGGAUACCACUACAUCCUCGCCAACCUGGGUUUUUCCAACAUGAGCCUGGACCGGGUGUUUUCUGGUGGAGCCAACAUCACCGGCUUCCAGAUCAUCAACCCCGACAGUCCCAUUGUUCAACAGUUCCUCCAGCGCUGGGAGCGCCUGGAUGAAAGAGAAUUUCCAGAAGCCAAAAACACCCCACUGAAGUACACAUCAGCACUGACCCAUGAUGCCAUCCUCGUGAUCGCGGAGGCCUUCCGGUAUCUACGGCGACAGCGGGUGGACGUGUCUCGCAGGGGGAGCGCGGGCGACUGCCUCGCCAAUCCCGCCGUGCCCUGGAGCCAAGGCAUCGACAUCGAGAGAGCCCUCAAAAUGGUAGGAAAAAAAGUCGCAGUACAAGGUAUGACAGGAAACAUCCAGUUUGACACCUUUGGUCGAAGAUCUAAUUACACUAUUGAUGUGUACGAGAUGAAGUCUGGAGGCUCCAGGAAGAUCGGCUACUGGAAUGAGUACGAAAAAUUUGUAUAUAUUAUGGAUCAGCAGGUCACCAACGAGUCCUCUUCUGUGGAAAACCGAACAAUUGUGGUCACUACUAUUAUGGAAGCUCCGUAUGUGAUGUACAAGAAAAACUAUAUGACGGCGGACGGGAAUGACAGAUAUGAGGGUUACUGUGUCGAUUUAGCUUCUGAAAUAGCAAAACAUGUGGGCAUAAAAUAUAAGCUGUCUGUAGUUCCCGAUGGGAAGUACGGAGCCAGGGACCCUGAGACAAAGACGUGGAACGGGAUGGUGGGUGAACUGGUCUAUGGGAGAGCUGACAUAGCCGUGGCACCGCUAACGAUAACGUUGGUUCGGGAAGAGGUGAUAGACUUCUCCAAGCCUUUUAUGAGCUUAGGAAUCUCCAUUAUGAUAAAGAAGCCUCAAAAGUCCAAGCCAGGGGUGUUUUCCUUCCUGGACCCUUUGGCCUAUGAGAUCUGGAUGUGUAUAGUUUUUGCCUAUAUUGGCGUCAGUGUGGUGCUCUUCCUGGUGAGCCGCUUCAGCCCAUAUGAGUGGCAUCUGGACGAGAAUGAUGAGGUCAAAGACCCUCAGAGCCCCCCAGACCCUCCGAAUGACUUUGGGAUUUUUAAUAGCCUGUGGUUCUCCCUGGGUGCCUUCAUGCAGCAAGGAUGCGAUAUCUCACCAAGGUCUCUGUCGGGCCGGAUUGUCGGAGGAGUGUGGUGGUUCUUCACCCUCAUCAUCAUCUCCUCCUACACGGCUAACCUGGCUGCCUUCCUCACUGUGGAGAGGAUGGUGUCUCCCAUCGAGAGUGCUGAGGACCUGGCCAAGCAGACAGAGAUCGCCUAUGGGACGUUAGACUCAGGCUCCACCAAGGAGUUCUUUAGGCGCUCCAAAAUAGCAGUUUAUGAGAAAAUGUGGUCAUACAUGAAAUCCGCUGAGCCCUCAGUGUUUGCCAAGACAACACCUGACGGGGUUUCCCGGGUACGAAAGUCGAAGGGAAAGUUCGCCUUUCUUCUCGAAUCCACUAUGAACGAGUACAUAGAGCAGCGGAAGCCCUGUGACACCAUGAAAGUGGGCGGGAACCUCGACUCUAAGGGUUAUGGUGUGGCCACACCGAAAGGCUCUGCAUUAAGAAAUGCUGUUAACCUGGCAGUGUUAAAACUGAAUGAGCAAGGCCUCUUGGACAAAUUGAAAAACAAAUGGUGGUACGACAAGGGAGAGUGCGGCAGCGGGGGAGGUGACUCUAAGGACAAGACAAGUGCACUAAGUCUGAGCAACGUGGCAGGAGUCUUCUAUAUUCUAGUCGGAGGGCUCGGCCUGGCUAUGACUGUGGCUUUGAUAGAGUUCUGCUAUAAGUCACGGCAAGAAACCAAAAGACUGAAGCUGGCAAAGAAUUCCCAAAACUUUAAGCCAGCCCCUCCAGCAAACGCCCAGAACUUUGCAACGUAUCGUGAAGGCUACAACGUGUACGGGACAGAGAGUGUGAAAAUCUAGAGGGAGUAAAGAUGUGUUGAUUCCCACUGGAGUUUCUGGAAGGAAACAGCCACUCUGUGUGACCCCGACACCCCGAGGCUGUCAUCCUGGAGGCGACAGCCCUCUUUGUCAUCUGCUUGGACUCAAGCCUACAAGUCAACAAGUGCUCAUUCUGGGCUGUGAGGCCCGUCACACUAACAGAGGACAAUGACGCAACAGGACUUUUGCUUCUGGAAACAUGAGAUUUGCCUCUUGUAGUGCCUUAAGGAGCAUUUUCGCCGUCAUGGCAAUGCAAAUAAAAAUUUAAUAACUUGAAAAUUUGAAAAAUAAUCCACGGGACGAGGGCAACGCUUCAAAUGACGAUUAGAUGAACUGUUGUAAUUUCAGUUGUUUCCUAUUGUGGAGAAGAAAAAAAAGCCAUGAUUUGCAAUCAAACCAUCCUUGAAUACUUAUUAUGAAGUCAUUUGAAUCCUUUACAGACAUAUUUUUGUGGUGAAAUCUUAAGUUGGAUAAAUGUUAUAUUUAGUGAAGUAAAGUCAUUUUCUUGUUUUAAUAUAAGACUAUUUUCAGUUUCAUAAUAUUUAGGAAAAAGCAUCAAUAAUAGUUUUAAGCAACGAUUAAAAGAACAACAUUGUACCCCAACUUUUACUCAGAGAAUAAUAAUAUGAAACUAGGUGGUGUUAUUUUAAAGCCUGUUGGACAUCAUGUGCAACUGACUCUGUUUUCAUUUAGGUGCUUUUGUUUCAAAUCAACCAAGUGCAUUUGUUUCAACUGCCACUACUUUGAAAUGAAAGACCAUUUUUUAAUGAAUUGAAAUCUGCUUUUAAUCACUUAGUGCUAUACUGUUGCAAUCAAAAGCAUUAUAAAUCCUUAGAGAGUGACCCCCCUUUUUCUGUUUCAUCACAUUUAACUGCGCUUAUGGUUUACACUUUGUACACACAUAGAAGCUGUUCUCAUGUAAAUGCAGUAUCUGCAGCUGUGAAUCUCAACAUUUUUGGUAAACGAUAACACACCAUGGCUUCUUUGGUUGUGAUGAGCUUUCUGUGUCUAUGCAUCAUGCAGAAGGUGAGCCGGUGAAUUGUACAUUGAGGAAGGAGAGCUACAAAUGAAACAUUUUGUCUGUUUGCAUAAGUGAAUUUUUUAUAAACUGAGGGAAAAACCUACCAACGCUACAAACUAUGUACGCCUACAUUUGUUUAGUAUAUCAGACGUUCUCAUUUGAUUCCCCCUGGAUAAAGUGCAUGUGAAUUUGGUGGUAGUACGACCAAACUGCAACUCGAAAUGGACCCUGGUUUAGUUAGCGUCCAAUAACCACUUCUGAGCCAGUUUGGUUUAAAUUUUUCCAAAUCAUUUGUAAAGGUACCUCAACCAUGAGUUGCAUGUAUGGACACAAUGAACCUCUGUGGAGAGGUCGUGUACAAAGGAUUUUAUUACAUUUCCUUAAUAAAAGCAGGUUUAUAUGAA